AGUCUCCCUCGGGGGGUGGGGGGGUCUCAGAUUGUCCCCGAACACCACCUUGGGUACCACGACACACACACACACACACACACGCGCGCGCGCGCGCAGAUGGGCGGUAAAAGUCAGCGUGCGAGCGGCCCGCGCAGCUUUGUGCGCAUGUUCUCAUGUUCGGAUGGUGAGGCUGUGCAGGUCUUCAUCCUCAUUGCACGGUUCAUGUCCAACUGGGAGGCGCGAGGAUUUCUGCAGAACAACAGCGUUCAGAGAUCGGAAAUAUCGACCAAUCCGGCGUCACCAUGAGCAAAGUGCAGGGAGGGAUGAAAUGCGUGAAAUAUCUGCUUUUCGUUUUCAACUUCAUCUUUUGGCUGUCGGGCCUGUUGGUGCUGGCUGUGGGACUAUGGCUCAGAUUUGACCCAGAAACAGUGGAGCUGCUGACGGGUGAAGACGCCCCCGGCACUUUCUUCAUCGCCGUGUACAUCCUCCUCGUUGCAGGAGGGUUGAUGAUGAUCGUCGGCUUCUUUGGUUGUUUUGGUGCUGUGCGUGAGUCUCAGUGUCUUCUGGCAUCGUUCUUUGCUUGCCUUCUGAUAAUCUUUGCAGCAGAGAUUGCUGCUGGAGUGUUUGGAUUCAUAAACAAGGAGCAGAUUGUUGAGGAAGUCCAAAAGUUUUACAGCAUCUCCAUCGCUGACGUCUCCACUCCGAAUGGCACCGCAAUCGCAUUCAUGUACCACAAAACUCUGAACUGUUGCGGAGGCUCCACGCCAGACGAGAAUAACGCACUUUGUGCAGAGGAGGCUGAGAACACCCAGGACUGCCUCACUGCAAUAACAGAGUUCUUCAAUGAAAAGCUGCACAUCAUUGGAUACAUUGGGAUCGGGAUUGCAGGAGUAAUGAUCAUAGGAAUGAUCUUCAGUAUGGUUCUGUGUUGUGCCAUCAGGAACAACAGGGAGGUUAUAUAGCUGGUGAGUUGACCCCACCCCCCGACCCCCCCAAGCCCCACCCCCCACCAGCCAGCCCAACACACGCUCACUGAUCCCUUCAUAAAAACCCGUCUAAAGGGAAACGCCAAAGUUACAUUUCAAUGUCCUUUCUCAUAGUCCAGAGAGAUCUGAUGGGGGAGUUCACUUAAAACCAGUAAGAGAGAUCCCAGUCAAUACAUCCCAGUCACAAAUUCAACACGAUACGCUGGAUCGUUAUCUUCCCACCUUCUCCUCAACUCCACCAGCACUGGGAAUGAUUAUUUCUCUGCUCCUCUACGUAACAAACGCUCUGCUUUUGGCACAAGUCUGCGACAUUCCUCGGCCUCGUCACAGUGCCGCACUGCGAGCUACUACUCGGUGCAUGAAGCCUUCUUUGACACAGGAAUGUGCUGUAAAUAUGGACAGCUCUUUUAUGCACCUGCAGUUAACUUUAUUUAUUGUGCCAUUUGUCGCCCGAUUUGUGUAAUCAAUACUACUUAGUGUGCUUAAGCAUUUUGAGGACUAGCCGCCCUUUGCUGAGUAGAUUUUCCAUUGUGUGCCUACUUAGUCAGGAAACAAGCCUCCAGCUAGGGCACUAUUUACCUAGAUCUUGUUAUUUCAAUAUGUACAUAUUGGGCUCAACGCCACCACUGUCAAGUAUUUCUACUUUAAAGCACAAUAGAGGAAGUGUAGAUGUGAUAUUAACCCAAAGGGUUAGGGAAAAUCUGAUGUUAAACUCAAUCUCCAAA